AUGGGGAAAUCUCCACCAAAACAACCUCUUCCUGAGACCACUGUGAUCAAGUCAACCACGGAAGAUGAAAUCGAAGACCCCAAGCCGCCCAAGCGGUCGUUUCGGUCUUUCAUUUGGGAUACAGAUACACACCUCAAAUCUCCAGAAGAAAAACAUCUUCUCCUCAAACUCGAUGCGGCACUUCUGAGCAUUGGAUGCUUGGGAUUUUUUAUGAAGUACUUGGACCAGGGGAAUCUUUCCAAUGCAUAUGUCUCUGGCUUACAAGAAGCCCUUUCGAUGUACAGCAACGAGUACACCUAUGCACAAACCGUGUACACAGUUGCCUACGCCGCCAUGCAGAUCCCCAGCACACUCAUCGUUCAGCGCAUCCGGCCUAGUAUGUGGCUGGCGGGAAUGGAGGUUGGUUGGGCAAUUUUCACUUUUGCGCAAGCUGGUAUGAACAAUGUGGGUGAGCUGUAUGCAUUCCGCUUUCUGGUUGGAUUCUUCGAAAGUUCCUUCUUUCCUGUUUUGCUAUAUGUUCUUGGAAGUUGGUAUACGAAGACAGAGUUGGCAAAACGAGUUGCCCUAUUCCAUAUGACUGCGCCGCUUGGUUCGGCCUUUGGAGGUUAUCUACAAGCGGCCGUGUAUAAGAAUAUGAAUGGGGCUCAUGGUCUUGCUGGAUGGCGGUGGUUAUAUCUCAUUUGUGGGUGCAUGACGCUUCCAGUGGGAAUUGCGACUUUCUUCCUGCUUCCCGAUACGCCACACACCACGCGCGUAUGGUUUCUGUCUAAGAAAGAGCGGGAACUUGCAAAAGAACGGGUUUUGAAAGCUGGCAAGGCCGCACCUGUGAAAAUUACGUUAGGAACAUUUAAGAAGAUUCUUGGAUCGUGGAAAUGGUAUGCCUUUGUGCUGGGAUACGUGCUCUAUGGAUCAUCAUGCGGCGCUAGUAGCUACUUUGGGAUUUGGCUUAAAUCCGAAGGCUUUUCCGUGGUUGACAGAAACCUUAUUCCCACUGGCACGUCACUGAUCUCUGCGGCCUGUGUUGUGUUAUGGGGAUUCCUCUCGGACUAUACAGGCAGCAGAUUUGCUUGGGUACUAAUCCCUCUGAUUCUCGGGCUCUUGCCAAAUGGAAUUCUAGCAUUUUGGCCCGCCAGCGUGCAGUUCAAGGAAUUCGCCUUCCUCACAGCAAAUGUUCAGCUCAUGACAGCCGUUUUUUACACCUGGGCCAAUGAAGUAUGCUCUGGAGACAAUGAGGAGCGAGCUGUCGUUGUUAGCAGUAUGAAUGGAUUUCAAUACGCCGUAGCAGCAUGGUUGCCGAUCCUCAUCUUCCCACAGACUAUGGCCCCGACAUUUCGUAAGUCAAACUACUCAAACGUUGUUUUCAGUUACAUUGUUUUUGGCACAAUCCUGACAGGAAAUUCUUACAGGAUACGGAUUCCCUACGACAUUUGGCUUGGUGAUUGCUGCAAUUAUCAGUGUCAUAGGAAUCCAGGCUCUAGUUAUACGUGACAGGAAAACGAAAAGACAACCCGACAUUGA